AUGACCACAGUAUAUCAGGAGAAUGAUUUGGACAAAGAAUUUGAAAAUUUUUGGUCGAAAGUAAAUUGUUAUUCGGUAAUUAGAUUUCCGUACGAUCAGAGAUGCGACUUUGUGAGAAAGGCCAAUAGUUGCAUAUAUGGCACGAACUUCGUGCCAUAUAUACAACUAUUGGCGUGCAGCUUCAAAUGCCGGAAUCGUUUUGAAGAACAUGUCUUUGUUGGUCUCUUUAUGAUUCUAUGCUUUGUGCUGCUGCUCUGUGCCGAACACGUGGCGGAUAUUUACUAUUCUCCGGCAUUGAAGGUUAUCUCUCGAGUGCUUCAUUUGAACGACCAUUUAGCGGGAGUCACGAUAAUGGCAUUAUGCAAUACGAUACCAGAUUUGCUAUAUCAAAUAACUAUAGUUAAUGAUCGGGACUGCGUAUUCGCCAAUGACGUUGGAACAUCAUUGUUUGUGGUAAUGUUUAUAGGUGGAUUGGUCUGCUAUGUAACAACAUUUGAAAUGCAUGCCUUUAAUACGGUGCGAGAUCUGCUAUUCUUAAUAUUUGGCUCAAUGUUAUUGGAGUUGUGCUUGUAUACUGACCGCACAAUAGGCCAUGUUGAGAUUAUAGGACUGAUAUUGGUGUAUGCCGCCUACUUGAUUGUCAAUGUGAUCGACUUGAUAAUGAUCAAGUAUACUCUGAAAUUGCUAAGGCGUGAAUUACUCGAAUUAAAUGAAAUGCCCAGUUCACCUGAGCGUCUGGCGAAAAUCAAGUCCUUGACAGGUGAAAUAAAUAAACUGUCUAGGGAAGAACGCGUACAAAUUUUAAAACGACGUACAACCAACCCGAGGCAACAGAAUUUCACUUUCAUGACGCAAGUUCCCAAUGAACAUGAACGGGUCGAAAUUGAACAGAAACGCGAUUCACGCUAUGUCGAUAUGAAUCGGGGUCUCUUUACAGAGUUCAUCUUAGCAUUCAAGCCCAUUAAAUUAGCAGUUUGGCGCGAUGCCGGCAUUAUUGAACGAAUCGUUCUUGUAGCACGUGCUCCAGUGGUGAUUUUUUGUACCAUGUAUAUACCGUUAGUGGACUACGAGGAACCAAAGAAUGGUUGGUCAAAGCUACUCAAUUGCAUUCAAAUAUGGUUUAGUCCAGCUGUAACAAUCAUAUUGGGAAAAUCCUUGAUUUUUAGAAGUAAGGAACAAAUGUGGUAUGCCAGCAUACCACAGAAUACGGUAUACGGUUUAUAUUCUCUGGUAUUGACUGUCCCAUUGUCCAUAUUUAUAUUCUGCCAAUCGGAUACGAGAUCUCCGCCUAAAUACCAUUGGAUAUUCUCGAUCUUAAACUUGACGGGAUCCGUUUUUAUAAUAUUUCAGUGCACCACCGAAAUAAGUGUAAUGUUCGAAAUGAUUGGCUAUCUUUACGGUAUUUCAGACCAAUUUAUGAGCUCCACGGUAAUAACCGCAACUAAUUGCCUUGGCGAUCUAGCCACGAUUCUAACUAUGGCCCUGCAUGGAUAUGAGAAAAUGGCGUACGCUGCGACAAUUGGGGGUCCGUUGCUUGUCAUUCUGCUCCACUGCGGCAGCGUGAUGGGGGUGAAGAUAGUAUUGGGCCAACGCAUUACAUGGCACGCCAUGGUUGGCAAUUAUGGUGGAAUAUUGUUUGUAUUGUUCACAUUUAGCUUAACGAUGACGCUUCUAUGGAUAUGCUUGUUGAAUUUUCGUGCGCGACGGUCGGUGGGGGUUUUCUCCAUGUCUAUGUAUGGUCUGUACAUAAUAUUUGCAAUUUUAAUUAACCUGGGCAUUAUUAGUCCAUACGAACAUCAGGCUGUAAACGAUGAAAUUUAUAAAUAUGAGCACACUUUAAUAUAGGAGGGAAAAGUAACA